AUGUCUAGAAUGAAAAUGAAUAAAACACCUCUAGCGGGAGCAAAAAAGAAGAAAGAUGGCCAAAAUGCGGAAAAUUCCCAAGAAGACUGUGCGACAACGGUGGUACAAGUAUCGUUUUUAAGAAACCCGUACUUCUAUGCCAAAUUCGGCCAAAAACUGCUAGUAGGAUCGAAAAAUGAACCUGGAAAGAAUCAAAUAAUUAUAUCCGGCCUAGGUACGGCGGCUAAAAAUGCCAUUGCGUCCGCGACAAUCAUGGACAAGGAGAAUUGUGCCAGUAUAUCAAAAAUUGAAACUUCGUGCCACUGGGAUGAGAAACUACACAGAUCAAUUCCCAAAAUUAGCAUAGUUCUUAAGAGAAAUCCCGAUUACGUAGCUGAAACUGCCUAG